GACUUUUCAAUAUAUCUGCAUUAUCCAGGGAACAUAGCUUCAUGCAUUAGGUAGUAUUUUUGAUGAAGUGAUAAAAAUUGACGUAAAGCAAAUAUUGGAGUUUUUAUUCAAGACGAAUUGAACACUCAAACCAUGAUGGAACUGGAUCCAGCUGUCGUGGAAGCUUGGUUGGAUGACCAUCCUGAAUUUACACACGAAUAUUUUCUGAAAAAGGGAACACGAACAAUGGUAAACAAUUGGUUGGCAGAUCGUGUGAUCAAUCUUGCAGUGAGUGAAUACAGAAGGAGUUUGCCAGGUGGACUAGCGAAGGUUCCAUCAACUAAGAAGGAGGAUGGUGGGAUUUCGCCAAAAAGUGAUUCUGGAAGCACUGGCCGGAAGACACCAAUGCGCAAGGUGUCAGCAGAGGAAAUCAACCCGAAACAUCUUCCACUCAAACCAAUGAUAUCAAAAGACCAGCUGGGUUCUCCUAGUUUUUAUGCCCCGGCAGAAACAUCACCUAUUCUAGCACGCAGAUCUUCCUCAGUCAAAAGAGUCACAGAAAGCAAGACUCGUCGCAUUUCUCAUUAUCAUAUGGACAAAGCAACUGCAGCAGAAACAUCCUCGGGACUUUCGAUCAUAGACGAACGAGAUAUGAUCAUGGAACUUGUAAAAGACAUUGCGAUGGACUUAGAUAUUACCUCAGUCAGUCACCGUAUAUUGCAGAAUGUCAGCAUCCUACUCGAAGCAGACAGAUGUUCUCUCUUUUUAAUUCGAGAGAAAGACGGAGAAAAAUUUUUGGUCAGUCGAUUGUUUGAUGUAAAUAAGGAUUCGUCCCUUGAAGAUACCAUGGUUCGUUCUAAUGAAAUCCGUAUCGACCUUGGACAAGGAAUUGCAGGAGUUGUUGCUUUGACAGGAAAGACAUUGAAUAUUCCAGAAGCUUAUAAAGAUUCCAGAUUCAAUCAAGAUGUUGAUAAAAAGACUGGUUAUAUCACCAGGAGUAUAUUAUGUAUGCCGAUACGAGAUAGCGUAAAAAGGAUUGUUGGUGUGGCUCAAGUAAUAAACAAACAACAUAUAGAUGGUAAUUCUUAUUGCGCUUUUACUGAGAGGGAUGAGAAGAUAUUUGCUUCGUAUCUUGGAUUUUGUGGGAUUGCUAUUCACAACGCACAAAUAUUUGAAAAAUCUCAACUUGAAAACAGGAGAAACGAGGUUCUUCUCGAUCUUACAAAAGUACUUUUCGAGGAACAAAGCUCGUUGAAUCUGGUCAUGGAAACAAUAUUAUUGCACACUACUUCAUUGCUGAAUUGUGAAAGAGCAUCUGUUAUGCUAGUAUCUUCAGAAGCUGACAAUGUUUUCAGUAAAACAUUCGAGCAUGUUUCUGGCGAUUGGGAAGACAAUGACGUCAACGAUUCUGACGUCAAACCCAACAGACGCAAGGUGCCUUUCAACGUCGAUAUCACGAUGUAUGUGCGUCAGACAGGAACGGCAGUUAACAUACCCAACGCAUCGAAAGAAAAAAGAUUCAGUUUUUCAGAAGACGCCGAGCUUGGAAUUAAAACGCAUAGCUUAAUAUGCAUGCCUAUCAGAAAUGCUUCGCAUAAAGUUAUGGGUGUAAUACAGUUAAUAAACAAGAAUUUGGGAAGGGGUGGAUGUUUUUCAACAAGUGAUGAGCAGUUAUUGGAAGCAUUCAGUAUAUUCUGUGGACUUGGAAUAUGUCAAGCCUCGCUUUACGAAGAAAAGGCAAAAUUGGUGGCAAAGCAAAGCGUCGUUUUAGAGGUGCUCUCCUAUCAUGCAGUGAGUUCGUUAGAUGAAGCUUCACAAAUAGAGGAUUCUAUCAUACCUUCGUCUAAAAGCCUGGGGCUUUUCAGCUUUGGUUUUGACGAUGAAAAAUUGGGUGACGAUGAUACAUUGACAGCUUCGAUUCGAAUGUUCAUGGAUUUAAAUUUGAUCGAAAGAUUCAAAAUAAACAAAAACAUUUUGUGCCGUUGGAUAUGCAGUGUAAGGAAGAACUACAGGCCAGUAAAAUAUCAUAAUUGGAGACAUGCAUUCAAUGUUUGCCAGAGCAUGUUUUGCAUGAUAAAGAGCGGGGGAAUCGGAGACUACCUGGAUGAUUACGAACGAUUAUCUCUGCUUGUUUCAUGCUUAUGUCACGAUCUUGAUCAUAGAGGAACGAAUAAUGCAUUUCAAGCCAAGAUUGAGCAUCCUCUUGCAAGAUUAUAUUCAACUUCAACGUUAGAACAACAUCAUUACGAUCAAUGUUUAAUGCUUUUGCACAGCACCGGUUGUGAAAUAUUAUCACAUUUGAGUACAGAGGAAUACGAAACGGUUAUCAAACUAAUUCAACACGCAAUCAUCAGCACAGAUCUUGCGGUGUAUUUUAAGAAGAGAGGCAAUUUCUUAAAAUUGUUAGAAAGUGGAAAAUGUGAUUGGAAAAACAAUGAAGAGCACCGAACGCUGUUGAGGGGUAUCUUGAUAACAGGAUGCGAUAUAGCUGCCAUAACAAAACCAUGGAAUGUCCAGAAAAAGGUUGCCAGAUUGGUGGCUGAAGAAUUUUUCGACCAAGGAGACAUAGAAAAGAGGCAACUUCACUUAGAACCUGUUGAUAUGAUGAACCGCAAGCAAGCUGAAGAACUGCCAACAAUGCAAAUUGGAUUUAUAAACGCCAUUUGUGUUCCAUUAUAUGAGGGCUUGGCUAAAGUGUCAGAUGGAUUAAAACCAAUGUUGGACGGAUGCAUAUCAAAUCGGGAACAUUGGGAAACAGAGAAAAUUACAACAGUUGGUACAAAAAUGUAAAGAACACGAACAAGAAAUGAGAAACAUUUCUGAAUCAUCUAUUUCUGCUACUUCUGCUAUGAAUCGAAAUGAUGGAGUUAUUCAUAUAUUAUCUUUCUAUUAGUUUACAUAAAUACCCAUACUUUCGGAUUAUAUUCAGGCAAUUAGGGAUUCGAGAAAACGAAUCAGAAUGCGUUUCAGAUGUUAAAGUGAACUUGUAAUGUAUGUUUAAAUUUGUUCACAACCUCUGAUAUAUUAAAUAUGAUUUUGCUCCAAAAUUCAGUUCAAACAGGCCGUUCCAUAUGUUGUACCCCAGUUUUCAAUCAUAAUUAUCUAAUUUUAGACCCAUGGACAUUUGGAAUGUCUAAUUAACAAUUUGUCUGACGAGGUGCUACUACACUAAUAAAAUGCUAUAUCACCCUAGCGCUGCGAUUCAGCAAUAAUUUCUACCUAGACUGUAACCAAACUCGAAAUCCAAUAUCGAAUACAAUGUACCGCAGGCUAUGCAAUCAAAUGUCUAUGUAGUCAAACAUGGCGGAGGUGCAUAUGAUAAACAAAAGUAUACAUGUCUUCUGACCUACAAAAUAUCUUAUUAGAGCAAUAUUGACCUGGUCAUGAUGUGGUAUCCUACUGGCGUCAUUGAAGGCAAGCAUUAUCAUUUUGCGAUCCAAUUAACUUUCGGGACUAAUCUUUGCGGAAUCUCUCCCAAAAGAGGUUUUUACCAAAGAUAUUCAAAAUGUGGCAACAGUCGCCUCUUCCAUUUAUGCCGGUAACAAAUGACGACUCGCAAUAUCUUUUUAGUCAAGUCUUUGAGAUGCAGAAGAUUUCGAGUCGGUGAUGCUUUUACGUACAGCAAUUCGUCUUUAUGCUUUACUUUUUUGAUGUGCUGGUCUGUUUAUAACUGUCGUUUUUAUAAUACUUUUGUUACUCUUUAGAAAUUUCUUCAUGUUAAAUGUGAUUUCUUAUUUCAUUCCUCUAACAGCUCCGAAAAAAUAUCUCAGAAUCGCGAACAUUCAACUCGUGUACCACGAAACUACCUUCGAUUUCGCACGUUUAGGAGUGGUUCGCCGAUAUUAGAAAAUGUUUUGUAAAGUUAUAUGUGUGAUAUGUGAGCAUCAAUGCGAAAAUUGACGAUAUUUUUCGGAGCUGAAUACCAAUCGUCUUCAACUUAUUGUUGUUAAGUUUAUUACAAUUUUGAUUCGUGACGUCACAAUGAUGAGCUAUUAAAUAAUUGCAUCAUAUUGAUAACUGUUAAUUAUAACUAGGCUAACUUAUAUUGAGUAAACCUCUUUUUUCUUCAAGUAUAAUAAUAAAUAACUCUAAAAUGUU